UCCGGAGAGUGAGCCAUCUGCAGCGAUCGGAGCACGCGUUGGAUCCAAACGGGCUGCAUAUGAGUCGUCAGAUCGAGAGGCUUUCUCGUCGGACGACGAGGUGGGGAGCCCCAAUAUGGCAAUGCGCACCACACCUCCUACGCAAUAUACUAUUACUGGAGAUGUGCGGCCGUUCCAGGUGGGAUGUAGUUAUGAGUCUAUGGACGCCUUGCGUGAAACAGUUCAGUUUGUCACCGUUGCGAAGGGUUUUCAGUACAAGCGGAGAAGAUUGCAUCGCACCCGUUUUCACGUCAUCUGCGAUAAUCCCGACUGCCCGUGGGAGCUGGAGGGUAGAGCAACACAUGUGAAUGGCCCGGCUGAGAUUGUUAGUCUCACCCCGCAUCACCCUAGUUGCAGAGCGCCGGUUCGGGAAGCAGCAGGCAAUGAACACGCAAAGGUGAAGUGGGUGGAGCUGAUGGUGCGGAAGAAAUUACAAGAGAAGAUCGAAACUACCGCGACUGAUUUAAUGAAAUGGUUUGCGGGAACGAUAAAAAACCCCUUCAGCUACAGCAAGUGCGUCAGCGCACGGGCGAGAGUGGUCGAGGAAUCGAAAGGCGCUCCGGAGGCCGGGUAUACUCAUUUGCACACGUACUGCAGGGUCGUGCAUGAGACCAACCCAGGGUCCAUCAUCGAACUGGAAUGUAAUGGCAAUGUGUUUGUCAACAUCUUUUUUGCAUUCAAUGCUUCGGUGAAUGGAUUUGCACACUUCAGGUCGUUGCUUGUGCUGGACGGGGCGCAUAUUAGGGGGAAGUACGAGUGCUGCCUUCUCGGUGCAAUUGCACGAGACGCGAACGCCCAAUGUUUCCCCGUUGCGUAUGCAGUUGUUGACGCAGAAAACAAGAAGAAUUGGGAAUGGUUUUUGGUUCUUCUGAAGUGUGUCUGUGAUGCCGCUCACGUGCCUCACGACAUGAUCACGAUAAUGUCCGACCGCGACAAAGGACUCAUUCCGGCGGUUAGCAAAGAAUUCGAUGAUGACCGCCACGCGUAUUGUGUCCGUCAAGUGAGCGAUAACUUGCUAAAGAGUUUGCGGGUCAACAAAGAGCAGGCAAAGAUGCUCCUUGAAGCAGCGCGAAACACCAGCGAGAUAGUGUUUGACUACUACAUGCAGCGCGUCGCGGACUUUUCGAAAGACAAGAACAUUGUGGAGAAGAUCUUCGAGAAAGCGGACAAGAGACAUUGGGGACAGCCUCAUUUCCCUUCUCCACGAUAUGAGAAGGUGACAUCGCAAGUUGCCGAGUCAAUGAACAACAGAUUCUUGAAGGCUCGGGGGAUGUCGCCGAUCCCACUUAUCGAGGAGUACCGAGGUUGGUUGCAGAGAUGGCACACAAAGAGAAGAGAUGCGGCGGACGCGCAGGUGGGGGAUCACCCUGAGGUCGUGGAAGACAUCCUCACCAUUACUUUGCAGUUGGCAAGGAAAUAUUCCAUUCGAAAAGUUGCACGAGAUGUGUAUGAAGUGUACUUGAACGAUUCACAAGGUCGGUGGCAGCCGUUGCGGGCGGAGUUUGAAGAAAGAAAAGUGGUGUGCAAUUGACGCUUUUGGAAGGACAUGCAUCGUCCGUGCGCUCACGCUGCAACUGCCAUCAUUUCGCGGCGAGA